AUGAAAGCAUUAACCUGUGAUGAAGUACGCGCCGCCUUUAUUAAUUUCUUCAAGGAUCGUGAACAUACAUACGUACAUUCAUCAUCGGUUAUUCCCUUCGAUGAUCCAACCCUGCUAUUUGCCAAUGCUGGAAUGAAUCAACCAAUAUUUUUGGGUACGGUGGAACCAUCAAGUGAAAUGGCAAAGUUGAAGCGAGCGGUAAAUACUCAAAAAUGUAUUCGAGCUGGUGGUAAGCAUAACGAUUUGGAUGAUGUCGGUAAAGACGUCUAUCAUCAUACAUUUUUCGAGAUGCUUGGAAAUUGGUCAUUUGGGGAUUACUUUAAGCUGGAAGUGUGCAACUGGGCAUGGGAACUGCUGACAAAAGUAUUAGGAAUACCUGGAGAACGUUUAUAUGUUUCUUACUUUGGUGGCGAUGAAAAGACUGGCCUUGAUGCUGAUGAAGAAUGCCGGCAAAUAUGGCUGAAUAUCGGAGUGCCCCCAUCGCAUAUUUUAUCAUUUGGAAUGAAAGAUAAUUUCUGGGAAAUGGGUGAUGUUGGGCCAUGUGGACCAUGUUCCGAAAUACAUUAUGAUCGCGUGGGUAAUAGAGACGCUUCACAUUUAGUGAAUGCUGAUGAUCCGAUGGUCGUUGAAAUAUGGAAUCUUGUUUUUAUGCAGUUCAACAGGGAGGAAGAUGGUUCAUUGAAGCAAUUACCACGUAAGCAUAUUGACUGUGGUUUAGGUUUCGAAAGGCUUGUUGCAGUUUUGCAGAAUAAGCUAUCAAAUUAUGAUACAGAUAUCUUCACACCUCUUUUUAAUGCCAUACAUAAUGGCACAAAGGUACGUCCUUAUAGCGGUAAAGUAGGUGCUGAUGAUGUCGAUGGUAUUGAUAUGGCUUAUCGAGUAAUUGCUGAUCAUAUUCGUACUCUUUCCAUUGCUUUGUCUGAUGGCGGACGACCAGAUAAUACCGGCCGUGGAUAUGUUUUGCGACGCAUUCUUCGUCGUGGCGUACGUUAUGCCAAUGAAAAGUUAUCAGCUCCACCGGGUUUUUUAUCAUCGUUGGUGCCGACCGUUGUUAAUUUACUUGGGAAGACAUUUCCGGAGUUACAUAAAGAUCCGCAAGCCGUUAUGGACAUCAUUAAUGAUGAAGAGAAACAGUUUUUGAAAACACUUAGUAGAGGACGGACACUAUUCCAGAAAGCGGUUGCUGGUCUUCAGGGACACAAUAUUUUGCCUGGUGAUGUUGCAUGGCGUUUAUAUGACACAUAUGGUUUUCCACUAGAUUUAACUCAGCUUAUGGCUGAAGAAAGAGGCCUUUUAGUCGACUUUGAAGUAUUCGAGAAUUGCAGGCAAAAAGCUGCUGGAAUUUCGGCUGCUCAUGCCAAUAAGAUGCGUGAUACGAUUGAUUUGGACGUCAAUGCUAUUUCAGAAUUAAAAAACAAAGGAAUUCCAGCGACGGAUGAUUCACCGAAAUAUAAAUAUUAUGCUUUAUCCUCCGAAGAUCAGCAGACGUUGUACAAUUUCGAAAAAUGUGAGGGCAUAAUUCUUGCUUUACGGAAGGAUAAGAUAUUUUUGGACACUUUGAAUUCGGGAGAUUUCGGUGCACUAAUCCUUGAUAGAACUAAUUUUUAUGCUGAACAAGGCGGACAGAUAUUUGAUACAGGUGUUCUCACGGAAGUUGAUAAGGGUAGUGAGUUUAUUGUGAGCAACGUCCAGAUCCGUGGUGGAUACGUCGUGCUUGUAGGUACUGUGGAAGGACAAUUAUGUGUGGGCGAUAAAGUAAUUCAAGCAAUUGAUGAGGACCGUCGUAAUCUUAUAAUGAAGAAUCACACCGGGACCCAUGUUCUCAAUUUUGCAUUGAGGAAAGUCAUUGGUGAAGUUGAACAAAAGGGUUCAUUGGUUGCUCCAGACAGGCUUCGGUUCGACUUAACUGCUAAGCAACCUCUAACCUAUGAACAGGCUUACCCGGACCCAGUGAGGAUAGUAAGUGUUGGAAUACCUAUUGAAGAACUUUUAAGAAAUAAAGAUAGCGAUUUGGCUGUCAACACUGCUGUUGAAUUCUGUGGUGGCACACAUUUGCAUAAUGUUGGCCAUAUUGGCAAAUUAGUAAUCACUGUGGAAGAAGCUAUUGCAAAAGGUAUUCGACGAAUUAUUGCACUUACGGGACCGGAAGCUUUCCGAGCGAUUCACCGCGCUGAUCGACUAGAACAACGAGUGGAAGACGCACAUCAUAAAAUAACUACUGACCACAUGGUAAACCUGGAUAAAGCACAAUUUAAAGCUGCAACCAAAAGAGUUCUUGAAUUGUUUGAGGAAAUUAAUCAGUCACAACUGCCGUACUGUCGUAAAGAGAGCAUUCGAAAAAAAGCGAAAGCACUCCAAAAACUGUUAGAUAUGCAUGAUCGUGAAGCGAAAGCAGUACUUGCUGAUAAGGUGCGGUGUGAAGCUAGCGAAUUGGAUUCUUCAUUAAAAGAUGGUACUCUAUUUACUGUUCAUGUUUUUAGCAAAGGUGCUAAUGGAAAAGUAUUAGAUAGUGCUUUAAAAUCGAUAACGAAAUCACAUGCUAUUAUGGGAUUCUCAGUCAGCGAUGAUGGUAAAGUAGUCGCUGUCGCACGUGUUUCCAAGGAUGUUGCAAGCAAAGGACUGCAAGCAUCGGAGUGGAUUUCGAGAGUAUGCCAAGUUCUUGAUGGUCGAGGAGGUGGUACAAUAACACAAGCACAAGCUACGGGAAAUAAUGCUGAAUUAGUAGAAGAAGCUGCUCAAAUUGCUUUGAAGUUUGCAGAAGUUAUACUUUCUUAA